AUGCCUUACGCUUUAUCCGAUAGCCACAAGAAGUUGGUUUCUUCUCACUUGAGUGAAAGUGAUCCAGAAGUCGAGCAAAUCAUCAAGGAUGAAAUUGACAGACAAAAGCACUCCAUUGUGUUGAUCGCUUCUGAAAACUUCACCUCUACCGCUGUCUUCGAUGCCUUGGGAACUCCAAUGUGUAACAAGUACUCUGAAGGUUAUCCAGGUGCUCGUUACUACGGUGGUAAUGAACACAUCGACCGUAUGGAAUUGUUGUGUCAAAAGAGAGCUUUGGAAGCUUUCAAUUUGACUCCAGACAGAUGGGGUGUCAAUGUGCAAACUUUGUCCGGUUCUCCAGCCAAUUUGCAAGUUUACCAAGCUUUGAUGAAACCUCAUGAGAGACUAAUGGGUUUAUACUUGCCAGAUGGUGGUCACUUGUCUCACGGUUACGCUACUGAGAACAGAAAGAUCUCUGCUGUCUCCACUUACUUCGAAUCUUUCCCAUACAGAGUUGACCCAGCCACUGGUAUUAUUGACUACGACACUUUGGAGAAGAAUGCUAUCCUAUACAGACCAAAGAUUUUGGUUGCUGGUACUUCCGCUUACUGUCGUUUGAUUGACUACAAGAGAAUGAGAGAAAUCGCCGACAAGUGUGGUGCUUACUUAAUGGUUGACAUGGCUCAUAUUUCCGGUUUGGUUGCCGCUGGUGUUAUCCCAUCUCCAUUCGAAUACGCUGACAUUGUCACCACCACCACUCACAAGUCUUUGAGAGGUCCUCGUGGUGCUAUGAUCUUCUUCAGAAGAGGUAUCAGAAGUGUCAACCCAAAGACUGGUAAGGAAAUCCCUUACGAUUUGGAAAACCCAAUUAACUUCUCUGUUUUCCCAGGUCACCAAGGUGGUCCACACAACCACACCAUUUCCGCUUUGGCUACUGCUUUGAAGCAAGCUAACACUCAAGAGUUUAAGGACUACCAAAACCAAGUCUUGAAGAACGCCAAGGCUUUGGAAGCUGAAUUCAAGAAGUUGGGUUACAGAUUGGUCUCUGAUGGUACCGACUCUCACAUGGUCUUGGUUUCUUUGAGAGAACAGGGUGUCGAUGGUGCUCGUGUUGAAUACGUCUGUGAGAAAAUCAACAUUGCUCUAAACAAGAACUCUAUUCCAGGUGACAAAUCCGCCUUGGUUCCAGGUGGUGUCCGUAUUGGUGCCCCUGCUAUGAGUACUAGAGGUAUGGGCGAAGAAGACUUCACCAGAAUUGUUCAAUACAUCAAUCAAGCCGUCAAGAUCGCCAAGGAAACUCAACAAUCUUUGCCAAAAGAGGCUAACAGAUUGAAGGAUUUCAAGGCCAAGGUCGACCAAGGUAGCGACGCUUUGACCAACCUAAAGAAAGAAAUUUACAACUGGGCUGGUGAAUACCCAUUGCCAGUGUAA